AUGAGUGAACCUCUCUCUAUUGGUAACGAAAUUAAGGAUGGGUACCAAGAGACCUAUAAAUGGGUUUCUUCGAAUCUCAAAUGGCUUCAUGACAUCGAAUUGUUUUACAAAGAAAGAGCUAAAUUAGAACACGAAUAUAGUGAUAAAUUAACAAGAUUAAUUCGAGAAAAUUUAAACAAAAAAGCUGCCAAUGGUGUAGCAUUAGCAGUUGGUGAAACCCCAACAUCAACUCCUGGUUCAGUAGAAGCCACUAGCAUGGUAAGUUGGAAUGAAAUGCUAAUCCAAACUGAACAAAUCUCAAGAGAUCAUAAUCAACUUGCUGUUGAUUUGGAAAACCAAGUGGCAGGCCAAUUAUCUAGUUUAUAUACCAAAUUAGACACUACUCUCACCAGAAUUAAUGGGUUUUAUGAAGAAAUGUCCGAAAGGAAACAAGACACUUAUUCUGCGUUAGAAAAGGCAAAACGAAAUUAUGAUGAGGCAUGUGUAUCAAUGGAACAGGCCAGAAAUAGACACACUAAAUCUUCUACAGAGAAGAACCAAAAAAAAAUUACGGAAAAAAAAAUAGAAAUGAAUAUGGCUAAAAAUGACUAUUUAAUUAAGAUUAGUCAAGCUAAUAGAAUAAAGGAUAAAUAUUUUUUCCAAGAUAUUCCAGAAAGUUUGGAUUUAUUGCAAGAUCUUAAUGAGGUCAGAGUAGUUUUCUUAAAUGACAUUUGGAAACAAGCAAAUAAUUUUGAAGUGUCAUUUGCUGACAAAAUCAAAACUAGAGCAGAUGCCGCUGAUGUUGUAGUCUCUCAAAACAAACCAUCCAUGGCUUCUGCAAUGUUUAUUAAGCAUAACAUCAAACAAUGGAAUGAACCAUCAGAUUUCACUUUCCAGCCUUCACCAGUUUGGCAUGACGAAGCUCAAUUUAUUGUUAAAAAUCAAUAUGAAAUUGAUGACUUAAGAUAUAAAUUAGCUCAAGCUGAAAAAGAUUUAGAUAGAAUGAAUCAAAUGACACAAAAUGAAAUGUCAAUCUUAUCCAAAUUGAAUAAAAAAAAACAUGAGUUCAAGGCUAACGAGGAAAAUUUGAAUGAUGGGAAUGAAUAUUAUGAUAUAUUGAAAAGCUAUUUGGCCGCUGUUUCCCCAUUUACAAAUCAUGAAACCUUGAAGUUAUUGGCUGAAGUUCAAAUUGAAAGUAUUCAAAAUAAUACACCAGAUGACAUAGACCUUUCUACUGAUGGAGUUGAUUUAUCUAAAGUUAAGAAGAAGUCAGGAGGUAGUGUGUUUGGAAAAUUAAAAUCAGGGUUUUCAAUGCCAGACUCAGUACCUUUGACUGGUGGUGGUGGCCCUCAUUUACCUUCAGGUAGAAACUUGACUCAUGGUAUAAGUACUCCAAAAUUAUCCUUUUUUGGAUCUAAUACAUUACAUAGAAAAAAAAGCUCUAAAGCACCAAUUCCUAUACCAGAUGCUUCUCCAGCACGCUCAACAAAUAAUUAUGAUUCUGAUUCAUCUAAUGACGAUUCUCCAGUUUCCAUCUCUGGCCGUUCAAGUAAUCAUUCAAUAAGACACACAAAAUCAAAUAUUAGCACACUUUCUGCAAAUAACAAGAUGUAUUCUACUGCGAAUAGUAGUAAAGUUUUGUAUGCUUAUACAAAGGAUGAUGAUGAUGAAGUAUCUAUUAAUCCUGGUGAUUCAAUUGAUGUCGUAGAAAAAGAUACAGGAUCAGGAUGGACUAAAAUCAAUAAUCAUUCCACUGGAGAGAUUGGGCUGGUCCCUUCAUCCUAUUUGGAAACUGUCGAGGCGAAACCUGCUAAAGCUCCUGCUCCAGCCGCACCACCUUCUAGGAGAACUACCGUCCUUAUAAGAACUAUGGUUGCCUUAUAUCCAUAUGAGGCACAAGGUGACGAUGAAAUGUCUCUGGCAGUUGGCGAUACUAUUAAAGUUAUUAAACCUGACGAUGGUAGUGGAUGGACUUUUGGUGAAUUAAACAACAAACAGUCCCUAUUUCCCACAAGUUAUUGCAAAUACACUGACGCCGAAUAA